UGUCAGAAAAAAGCGACUCAGUAUGCCUGAACCCGCCAAGUCCGCUCCGGCCCCGAAGAAGGGCUCCAAGAAGGCGGUGACCAAGGCGCAGAAGAAGGACGGCAAGAAGCGCAAACGCAGCCGCAAGGAGAGCUACUCGGUGUACGUGUACAAGGUGCUGAAGCAGGUGCACCCCGACACCGGCAUCUCGUCCAAGGCCAUGGGCAUCAUGAACUCGUUCGUCAACGACAUCUUCGAGCGCAUCGCGGGCGAGGCGUCCCGCCUGGCACACUACAACAAGCGCUCGACCAUCACGUCCAGGGAGAUCCAGACGGCCGUGCGCCUGCUGCUGCCCGGGGAGCUGGCCAAGCACGCCGUGUCCGAGGGCACCAAGGCCGUCACCAAGUACACCAGCUCCAAGUGAGCUUGACAAGCACCGUGACCUAGAGGCUUCCUUCUGGAAGUUAGGUGAGAAAGACUGGCUUGCCUGCACCAC